AUGCAGAAGUCACCCCCAACAGGGGUUUUCAAUGGGGAAAGGAGCUUUCAGAUAAAAGCUGGCAUCCGUGAGCCUCUCCGACACGCCGGGCACGCUAAAUGCCGGUUUCGCCCCCGUGGACAGGUACAGCACCCUGACAGAAUUCCUCAGUAUUUGCUGGCGUCCUCAGUGCCCUCCGACGCAGCCACGAUGGGGCAGGGGCUGCUGAGGCCCUGGGUCUUGGCGGCCUUCCUCGUCUCGGCGGUUACAGGCGCGAGGGAAUCCAUGGUCAUUGUGAAGAUAAAUACUGGCAAAGCUGAUGGCGACGGAGGGAUUCUGAGUCAGUUGGAGCGAUGCGCCAUUUCCACCAGGCUUUGGGGCGGCGCUGUCGUGGUGGACGUCGGGGCAAGAGCGUUCUUCCGUCGCGGCCAAGAUUACGUCAAGCACCAUCUGUGGGGCGAAGCGGCCUUCCCUUGCCGGGCCCUCUUACUCGAUCUAACAGGAAAUGCGACUCGGAUUUUUAGAUUCCUCGAGACGUCCGGAGUAUCUCUGUAUCCGGAGAUGCGAACUGUGCUGGUGGGGCCUCAGCACCAGAUGGAAGCCGCGCUUCAACACCCAAGCCUUCGAAAUGCAAUCCACGCAGUCUACCUCGCCCUCAAAGAUGGCGUGAGAAAGGACGUGUUUGCUUAUCGGCGGUGUCUUUAUUGCGAUCACGGUGAGAUGGGGGUCCAGGUGCUUGAACCAGUGGCAACUUAA